CCGGGACGCAGUUCCCUACGCCCAACGCUCGCUCUCCUCUGGCGGGAGGGGUCCAGAGGACGGUGUCGCAACCACCUCCCUCUCUCUUUCCCCGCCUUGGCACUCAGUCACCUCCCAGAUGAGCGCGCUCGCCUGCAGACCGCUGCUGGAGGUCGGGUGCCCGGCGGCAUGUCCCCUGAGUUCGCGCAGACGACAGUCACCGGUCCUCUGUGCAGCCUAGAGCAAGCCAACCGCACCCGCUUCCCUUUCUUCUCUGAUGUCAAGAGAGACCACCGGCUGGUGCUGAGCACCGUGGAGACAAUCGUGCUGGCGCUCAUCUUUGCGGUGUCUCUGCUGGGCAACGUGUACGCUCUGGUGCUGGUUGCGCGCCGACGGCGCCGAGGGGCCACCACCAGCCUGGUGCUGAACCUCUUCUGCGCGGACCUGCUCUUCACCAGCUCCAUCCCCCUAGUGCUAGUCGUACGCUGGACAGAGGCUUGGGUGCUGGGCCCCGUCGCUUGCCAUCUGCUCUUCUACAUGAUGACCCUGAGCGGCAGUGUCACCAUUCUCACGCUGGCCGCAGUCAGCCUGGAGCGCAUGGUGUGUAUCGUGCGCCUGCAGCGCGGAAUGCGCGGCCCGGGGCGGCGGGCACAGGCUGCGAUGCUGGCGUUCAUCUGGGGCUACUCCGCUCUUGCCGCGCUGCCGCUCUUCAUCUUCUUCCAGGUGGUCCCGCAGCGGCUCCCGGGUGCCGACCAGAUCACAAAGGCAUCGCGGAAGAGGCUCACCAUGAGCCUGGCGUACUCGGAGAGCCACCAGAUCCGAGUGUCGCAGCAGGACUUCCGGCUCUUCCGCACCCUCUUCCUGCUCAUGGUGUCCUUCUUCAUCAUGUGGAGCCCCAUCAUCAUCACCAUCCUCCUCAUCUUGAUCCAGAACUUCCAGCAAGACCUGGUCAUCUGGCCGUCCCUCUUCUUCUGGGUGGUGGCCUUCACAUUUGCCAAUUCUGCCCUGAACCCCAUUCUCUACAACAUGUCACUGUUUAGGAAUGAGUGGCGGAAAUUUUUUUGCUGCUUCUCCCUCCCAGAAAAAGGAGCCAUUUUUACAGACACAUCUGUCAGAAGAAAUGAUUUGUCUGUUAUUUCCAGCUAAUUCGUUUUUUCUCGACACAUGAAGUCUCUCCCUGUGGUGAGCCACGGUGUGCUUUGAUCAUCCACCAGUGCACCCUGCUUUACGGAAACAACCUAUGCAAACAUACAUCUGCAGCAGCAGCAAAUUAGGGGACGAUCAUUCCAUGUAAACAUACUUUUCCUUUAUAAGAGGACUCACGAUGGGUUCCUUUGAAAUAAUGAACUUUUUCAGUGUGUUUGUAAUAUGAUGGAAAUUAAUAAAUUUUUAUUUAUACCUGU